AUUCGAAUCACAAUGGGAACGGAUGCUGUGCGCGAAGCGGCCGCUUACUAAGUUCGUUCCAGAAAUAAUCUUUCUUAUGGAGUGUUGAAGCGUGGUGUGAAAAUGGAGAAAUUCUGACACUGACAAGAACAUCGGAAGACUGCCUAGCCUACAGCAAAUGCCUGGAAUACAUUUCCCUUUCAUUCAGUGGGCUACGUUGGAGGCAGGAGCAUCCUCGCCACGAGGAAGCUAAAACUUAAGGACCUAUGUAAUCGGUUAUCACAGUUUGCCAGAGGAGGGUUAGCCUACUGUCGGAUGGACUGAAUCAGAAUUGCAUAUGAUGGACAUGUUUGACUCAUUACAGGAUAGUUUACAAAGGCAUCCCGUAAUACGAUUUAAAUGUCACUGAUUUAGCUUACUCAGCCUGGGAGUGAGAGAAGUGGACAGCCAAAUUCACGCGCAUAGCCUACUUCAGGGACUUUUACAUGAUUUGCCUACUCAAUCCAAGGCUUGAGUGUUGUCUAUAAUUGGGAACGAAAGUUAUUAUAGCCCACUAUAGCCUGUCCGGCGAAUCCAGCACUGGACUGUGGAUUGAUCAUGGAUUCCUUUACACGGAUGCGUCUUUAUUUCACCGCAAAGACGCUUUAAAAAAAGAGUUAUUAGAAAUCCGAUAGCGUUACUGAAAUGUUGGCACAUCUUGAUGAGUGGCAAGCAGUAUUGUAAGCUAGCUAACUAAAAUGUACUGUUGCUGUCAAAUUGAUGUGGCCUUGAAUGACCAUCAGCCCCGAAGCAUUGGCUAAUUUUAUUCUGUAUACAUUUACACAAUGAGAGAUUGUCGGACAGCUAUACGUUUAACUUCAAACAGAUUAUAACUUCAGAAAGAACUGAGGCUCAUAAUAUGGGCAGUCGUGGACGAACUUGUGCUAUGGAGUUGGUAUUGAUUGCCGUUACCUUUUUGUUUUGGGACUCCGUGUGGGCUGACGACAAAAUCAUUUCAGACAGACAUGCGGUCUACUGGAACAGUUCUAACGCCAGGUUUUGGCAUGGGGAGUACACCGUGGCGGUCAGCAUCAACGACUACUUGGAUGUCUACUGCCCGUACUACGACACCCCUCAGCCGCACAGUCGGAUGGAGCGCUACAUCCUCUUCAUGGUCAACCACGACGGCUACGCCACGUGCGAGCACCGCAUGCGCGGCUUCAAGCGCUGGGAGUGUAACCGGCCACAGAGCCCAGACGGCCCACUGCGCUUCUCCGAGAAGUUCCAGCUCUUCACGCCUUUCUCGCUGGGCUUCGAGUUCCGCCCGGGACACGAGUACUACUACAUCUCUUCUCCCCAUCCCAACCAUGCAGGGAUGCCUUGUCUAAAGCUGAAGGUGUACGUAAAGCCAACAAAUGGUUCGAGUUACGAGUCUCCCGAGCCCUUCCUGAUUGACGAGGGCCCGAGUUGGAGGGCGCAGGCCCCCCUCCUCCCCCUGGUGCUGGCUCUGCUGCUGCUGCUGCUGCCGCCGCUGGCCUCUCUGUGAAGACCUCCAGUCUGUGACCACGCUCACGCUCUGUACUUGGAGCCCCGGAUGCCCACGCCGCCCUCUCCCUCCUCCAACUAACUGCCCUCCGCCCGCCCAGCGUGCCAUCACACCCCCACCCCCCCUCGACUCCUUCUCUCCUCCGUUCCCUUUUACCCUGGCCCAAUUCCCUCAGGGACACCCUCUCGACCCACACCACCACACACACCGAACAAAUGAGCACUGUGUGUGUGUGUGUGUGUGUGUGUGUGUGUGUGUGUGUGUGUGUGUGUGUGUGCGUGUGGUGUGUGUACGACACUGUGACAAAUAGAAAAACAGCAGACACCUGGGGCCUGCCAAGCAUUUUAAAGAGAAUGUCUUUCAUAUCUGGGGGAACAAUUCUUGAAAUUCACAAAAACCCCUCUCAUUUCUGUCGCUUGUCGCAUUAUAGGGCCUUGGUUGAUUCCAUCACCUGUGUAACAGCUGUCGCUCCCCACAAAUGUUAUUUGGGCUGGACCAUUUUCCGUGUAAUAGCACACAUUCAGGAUUCACAAUUUCAGCCAGCUGGAUCAAGAGGGCAUUUGCCCAAGGGAUCCCAUUAAAUAUGGCUCCUGGCGACACCAAAGGACUUCAGCUCUCUACAUGUGCACAUGAUGACGAGGCUUUGGAGUCUGCACAUCAGACGGGCGGACAUUGUGAGAGAGCCACUUGCAUGGACACUGUGACAAAUAAAGUAAAAUAAAAAAAAUAAUAAAUAAUGAUGAAAAAGAAAGAAACACUGACCUUCCUAAUGAUAUAUUUUUAUUCAGAAAUACAGACAAUGUGUGAUAAAAACAAAAAAAGCCUCUUAGACGUAUUGGCUGCGCUGUGCUUGGCCCAUGGCUUCGGACACAUCUCACUCACUCAUCACGUUUGCUUUGCAUAUAUGAGUUUGGUCCGCCACAGCCUAAGAUGCCUCUUCUGGUGCUUUGUCCAUGCUGGAGAGGGCUGAGGCGGGGGCUGACGCUGACGCACGCCGUCCGCCACUGAUCCAUCUGGAGAACACAGAUCAACACGGUCAGUGUGGCUCGCUGAAGAACGCCAGACACUAAUGCUGCAAAAUUAAGCUCUGAUCAUCGGAAGACUCUGAAGGCAUACACACACACACACACAUAUAUACGAUGGAACACAAAAUGACUGCUGUGUUAAGAGUGGAGUCUAGGGAUAGGCUUUCUCUAAUGUGAAAAUCACAACAUAAUGAGACAACAUGGAACGAGCAUCCACAAACAAGACUAGAUAUUUUUAUGUAUUCUACUUCAUGUUAUUUUUGUAGCAUUUAAGUGCAGAAUCCAUUAUUCAUGGGCUCUUCGGGGGAUUGUCUUUGAGUGACGACAGGCUAUUGGCAGUGACUCAGCUGUCCAAUACAUUUUUUUGGGGGGGUUCUUUCACUGUAAUCGUUGUUGUUAUUGUGCUCUUGUCAAAUUGUAAUCAGUAUUUAAUGGACAAAAAGGCAUCCAGACUUGAUUGUAUGUCCAUCAGACUUGGUGUAUGUUCCCUUUUUUUCAUUCAGCUUAUUUUGUACAGCCUACUUGUUUUGUCCAAUUGCGGAAAACAUGUUCAGAUGGAGCCACACAAAUAAAGCAUUUUGUCUAUA